AUGGCCAUGCUAACAUUCAGCCUGGAGUGCCGUGGCACAUUGCCCGGCCAAGCAGUGUUCAUUGUCGGUUCUGUGGCAGAACUUGGAACAUGGAAAAUCCCCUUAGGCUUGCAGUGUACCACAACACCGCAGACGUUUCCGAUCUGGACAGGGGAAGUGGCGAUUAAGGAAUUUAAGAUGGUCACCGCUGAUGAAAAAGAUGCCGCGAACCCCGUGUGGGAGGUCGGGGGUUCAGCGUUGCCCAGUGGCCGUAUGCCUGGCAGAUGGGUUGGUGGGAAAGGUAGGCUCGGUGUUGGAAGCCGUGAUGAAUCGGGUGCCGGGCGGCUCCUCAAGCAAAACAAGCUCCACCAGUGUACUUGGUGCGCCCAGCGCUGCCAGCGCUACCAGGCUCCUUAUGCGAAAGCUCCAGCAGAGCUCGAGAACAUCUGUGAGAUGCCGGACCGCGAAGACAGAAUAAGUCACAAGGAUUUCCUGCGGCCCUACCAUCCGGACAAGAACCUUCAACACGUUCAGGUGAAUGGGCUGCGUGAGCUGCAUGGGUGGGCUGCCGAGAAACCAAGUCACAAGGAUUUCCUGCGGCCCUACCAUCCGGACAAGAACCUUCAACACGUUCAGGUGAAUGGGCUGCGUGAGCUGCAUGGGUGGGCUGCCGAGAAACCAAGAGCUGGAAGAGAUCGCGGAGAUGCCGGACCGCGAAAGCAGAAUAAGGUCUUGAUGAGAUCCAACCCGGAACGUCCGUUGGAUUUCUAUAGCAGG